AUCGUCAGUGAACAAAUCCAUUGAAAAGAGUAUCAACAUCGUCGCUUCUCGGCUAAGUCCCAAGUCAAAUGAUUUUGAAAAUGGGAUAGGGUAUAGGGCUAUACGGGUCUUUAAAGUUUUAGUUAUAGAUCUUCGAAGUUCAGCUUCUAGAAAAAACAAAUAUAGUUAAGGGCAUACACUAAGGGUUGAUUAAAGUCCCUGCCAGAAAAAGUUCUUGAGAUGACCAAAUUGCCUGUUAAUGGAUAGAAACACAUGCUCUGAUAACUAUCGUUCUGACAGCCAGCAUGAUUUAUGUGACCUGGAAACUUCAUUUCAACAUUAUAGAGAGACACACCGAAUAUCAAAUACAGAGUUUCAAGAAUUGCAAGAUGAUCUCAAAAAGUGUUCCUACAAGUUCAAAGAAUGUAAGUCGGCUCUGGAAGAAAAGAAUAAAAUGUUGAUGGAUCUGCAGGAUGACUUUUGUCAUAUGAAAGAAGAGCUAGAGGAGAACCGUGUAACAAUUGAAGAUGCUACAAAUGAGAUUCAAAAUUUGAAAAAUGCUUUGCGUGAUGUACAUAAUGAAAAAUCUGAGCGCCAGUCAGAAAAUAAGAGUCUUAAAAAUGAGGUUCAUUCAUUAAGACAGAGGUUGGGACAAAUGGAAGUGGAGCUUGAGAGUCUGCGUGAAGAAAAUGUCCACCUGUCUGAGGAUUUCAAUAAAACACGUAAGAAGCUCCAGAUUUGUGAUAGCAGUUUUCGCCACUUGGAAGCUGAAAUGAAAAAUGCUAAAAUUUUACUCAAUGAAAAAGAAAAAGAGAUUUCUAGUCUGAAGUCUGAGCUGAGAAGUGUGAAGGGAGAGUUUGAUGAGUUAUUGAGUUUUUAUGAAGGACAAGAAGAACAUAUUGGACAGCUUCGUGCUGAGAAUGACAAAGUGAAAUCUGAUAUCUGUGAAGCUGUGAAUAUGUACAACACAUUAGCAGAACGAGCAGAGUGCCUUGAGGUAGAAUAUAAUAACAGUUUGAAGAAAAUACAACAAUUAGAGCAUCGCAAUAAAGAUUUGUGCAAAGUUGCUGAAGAAAAUGCCCAUUGUCAAAAGAAAUUGGCCAAAGCGGAGGGAGAAAUUUCACAAGCUUGUGUUGAGAUCCAGGACUUGCAGCUGCAGCUCAAAGACUGUCGAAAACUAAUUUCUAAACGAGAAGAUGAAUUAAGAGAAGCAGAAAAGGAAAUUCGAGGUCUAGAGCAUUAUAACAAACAAUUAGAAGUAAAGAAUGCUAGAUAUAUUCAAGAAAUGAAAAGAAACAUAAGUGAAGAUCAAUAAAAGUUUUUGGUUCACUCCUAGGAAAUACCUGGCCAUAUUUCUGUUCUCUGUGUUUGUGUGCAUGCAAUCAAUUGUAGUUUUGAAAUACUUUAUCACAAUGUGCAAUUUGUUUGUUCUUACAAAUUUUUUUCUUUUAUAAAUAAUGUUUUAACCUCCAAAAACUGAACUACAUAAAUAGUCCAGAGAGUAGUAAUAAAAUGAAAUGUCUGAUAA